CUAUAAAACCCUGAGGACCGAGGAGAGGAGACCAGACGAGACGAGGACGACCUCCCAUCACGAGACAACUCUUAAAGCAUGACCACCAUGAGAUCCUGGACGACGCUGGCGGCGCUCGCCGUCUGCGUGCUGGUGUGCUGGAGCGGCUUCGCGGACGCCUACCCUCCCCAGCCGGAGAACCCGGGGAGCCACGCCUCACCGGAGGACUGGGCCCGAUACCACGCCGCCGUCAGGCACUACGUCAACCUCAUCACCAGGCAGAGGUACGGGAAGAGGUCGACCCCCGAGCAGGCCGCGGCGUGGAUGCUGUUCGGCGCCGAUUCGAGCCAAGACGCUGAGCCCCGCUCCGACUACAGCGAUCAGUGGUAAAUGAGCCCGUGGACCCUCCCCGGACCCUUCGAUUAACCGACGAUCCCAAAAACGGGUUCCUCAACCUGCACUGGACGUUGUGACUUAAUUGUGUAAUGUGCAUGCAAAUUUCUACCCCUUAUCUAUUUCUUAUUUGGCUGUAAAUGUAAAUACUUUGUAUCAAAAUCACUUUACAAUAAAAGAAUUCAAAGGGAAUAAAAGUAUUAAAACAGA